CAUCUCUGUCAACCGCUACCAUGUUGCGACUCUCGCUACUUCUGGCCACGACGCUCACGUUGGUGCUGUGCCGGAGUCUUCCCAGUAGCCGGGAUGAGGACCUGGUCUGCCCUGACGGAUGGACCCUGUUGGAGUCCUCGUGCUUCCUGGUGACAGAAUCGUCCGGCAACUGGUUCGAAGGGCAAGACUUCUGCAACAGCCUGGAGGCCUCGCUAGCCACUGUGUCCAGUGCUUCUCUGCAGAAAGCACUGUCGGGUAUGCUGAAUGGAGACACUUGGAUUGGUCUCACCGAUCUCAAGGGCGACCAUAGUUAUUCAUGGGCUGAUGGAACUCCCUUCGACUUCUCCAGCUGGGCAGAAAAUGAACCCAGUAACUCGGGAACCUUCUGGGUAUUUGGCGAGAGAGAAGACUGUGUCGAGAUGCGACAGGAAUUCCUCUAUCUCUGGAACGACGCUCACUGUGAUGACGUCAAGCGAUUCACGUGUAGUCGCCCAGCUGAUCCAGCGCCCACCACCACUACCACAACAACUACCACCACCACCACAACCACCACCACCACAACUACCACCACUCCAGCACCCGCCUGCGACGAAGGCUGGGAGAUUAACGAGCUGUCUUGCUACCUGGUGGUUGAAGAUGUGGCCUCCUGGACGGACGCCAAAGGCAACUGCACGGACCUCGGAGGCGUGCUGGCCUCCAUCACCAGCGAGGACGAGCAGGCGUUCGUGAGCGGUCUGCUAAACAGCAGCGCCUGGAUUGGUCUCAGCGAUCAGAAAAUCGAAGGAAAGUAUAUCUGGGAGGACGGUAGUCCUUAUAACUAUAGAAGCUGGAAGGAAGGGGAGCCCAACAACUACUACUAUUACAUCACCCUUGGCGUGGGCGAGGACUGCGUCGAGAUGAAGAAGGAUUACGACUUCCGCUGGAACGACGAGCUGUGCCCAGCUGAAAGGGCGUUUGUUUGCGAGCGACCUGCAGAGUAACGCCGAUGUCUCCUUCCCAGGUUGACUUAAGGAACAGAAUUCGUCUUCUGUAUUAGGAUACACAUUCAAGGAUCCUUGAUUUGCAAUAAAUUGAACGGAGCAUCAAU